CCCUGUGGUUUACACUAAAUAACAAUCUAAGGUACUAAGAGUUUAAAAUCACGUUUUAGGGUACUAACUUUUAAUUUUUUAACAAAGUAAGGUAUUAACGUUAAGUUGCUGUUAAAUGCUAACCCUGACACCCUCACGUGCCAUAAACGUGAGGGUAAAUAUGUCAUUUAAAUGAAGGUCUCCUGCUUUAAUUAAACUCUGUUUCAUUCAACAUCAGUCUAUUCAUCUUCACCCCAUAUACUCUGUAAACCCAAAUCGAGUAAACCCUGAUUUCUAGGGUUUUAGCGUUGAGCGAUGGAUCUUUUGAGACAAGAAGAUGAACCAUUUGACUACGUUGGCAAAUACGGUACACAAACAGGAUUAUUUUCUCUGAAGAUACACUACAAUGGGCAAUUUGGAAUCAAAAAUCAAAAUCUUUGCUACAUAACUGGUAAGGUAAUCUAUGUUGAUUUCAUGGAUACGGACAUGUUUUGUAUCCAUGAUGUCAACGAUGCUAUGAGGUUGUUAGGGUUUUCAGAAGAUAAAGUUCAUCAUUUUUAUUUUGUGGUUCCUGGUAGUGAGAUACAUAGUGGUCUUAUGUCUUUAAGCACUGAUGAUGAUGUACGAGUCAUGAGUGAAUAUGUGCUACAAGGUUCCAAAGUUAUAAGUCUUUAUGUAGAGCAUGGUUUAGGCAUUGCAACUGAAGAUGUGACAGUCAAUAAUGGUAAAGUAGAUGACCCUAAGAAUGCACAAGUAGAUGAAGAUGUGACAGUCAAUGCUGGUAAUGUAGAUGACCCUAAGAAUGCACAAGUAGAUGAAGAUGUGACAGUCAAUGCUGGUAAUGUAGAUGAACCAAAGAAUGCACAAGUAGAUGAAGAGGUAACAGUGAAUGUAGACUUUGAUAUCAAUGAUGUUGAAAAUAGGACUGAGAAGUUUAGUAAUGAAGAUGUUGAGAAUAUCCUAAGACAGACUGUUGUUGAUGCUUCUUUUAAUGAGCUGUUUAGUGAUCACAACACACUUGGUGAUGUUUUAAAACCUUAUGUAAGGCCAGCUGAACAGAAGGAAAAGGGUAAUGAGAAUGAAAAGGGUAAUGAGACUGAAAAGGGUAAUGAGAAUGAAAAUGGUAAGGAGACUGAAAAGGCUAAACAGAGUGAAAGGGUUGAACAUGAUAAUGAGGAUAGUGGUGAUGAGGACAUUGUCGAUGAGGAAAAUGAGGUGUUUGAGGUAGAAGUUGAUAUGAGUCAGUUUAAUGACAAGUUCCAGGCUAAGCAUCAGAUGAACAAUGAAAAAGAAACUGAUAAUGCUACUGAAACAAGUGUGGAUGAUACUGAACAUGAUCCCUUAGAAGAAGAAUAUCUUAGCAAUGAUUCCCUUGGCACAUCUGAAUCUGAAGGAGAACUUACCAUUGAAAAGCAUAGGAAAAAAGCAUUUAGGAGGAUUAGGAAACAACAAGAAGCUAGUAAGGAAAAAUGUGCAUUUUAUGUAGGUCAAACAUUUGGUGAUAAUUCACAGGUGAAGACCCUCAUCAGAAGACAUGCAAUUGAAACAAGAAGGGAGAUUUUUUUCUAUAGGAAUGAUCAGGAAAGGAUAAGGGCCCAUUGCAAAGGGAGAAUUCCUGAUUUUGAAAUGGCCCAAGAAAAAGAAGGCCCAAGUGAAAGUCAAAAAGAUGGCCCAAAUGAAAGUCAGAAAGAUGGUGGUAGGUUAACAAAAGAUAGCAUGGUUAAAGAUGGCAAGUUGAGUAGGAAAUGGAAGACAGUGACAUGUGGAAGCUGUGGAGGAAAAGGUCACAAUAAAAGAAGGUGCACCGGACAAGGCUCAACUGCUGCUCAAUCUAGUUAA